CGGGAUGCUGAGGCGGCUGGGGUGCACCCACGUCCUUGUCCUUGGACCUUGGCUGGGGACACUCGGUUGGUGAGCCGCGGCCGUGACCCUCUACGGGGUGUGACAGCUCGCAGCCGCUCUUGCCUUGCGAUCUUAUAGAGUGCGCGUCCCCUGUCUCAGCGCUUUUGGAGAUGCGUGACGCUCGUCUAGGGAUCUGCCUGCAGAAACGGGCAUCUGGUAGUGUGCGAAACUUUAGCUGCCGUGAAAGUUCUUGUACAGAAAAGUCAAUUUACUGGCUGGUGAUGAAGGUAUCCACAAGGAUCUCCACGGUCGCCCUGCAUUUAUUCGUCCUCCUAAAGAUGCAUCCUGACUUAUCACCACAUUUGCACACCGAGGAAUGCAACGUCUUGAUUAACUUGCUUAAGGAAUGUCACAAAAAUCACAACAUUCUGAAAUUUUUUGGUCAUUGCAACGAUCUUGAUCGGGAAAUGAGAAAGUGCUUGAAGAAUGAGUAUUCAGAGAAGAGGACCAGGAGCAGGGAGCACGGUGUUGCCAUGCGAGCGAGGCUUUUCAACCCUCCAGAGGAAGCUGGAAAAUAGGUUCGCCGGAUGCCUUGACUGCGAGACCUGAAGGUGGCUGGGAGCUGGAAAAAAAUCCCUUCUUUUGUCUCUAUGGCCCUUUGAAUGAAAGGUGACCCAUGAAGAACUGAACCAUGGAGAAACAUGAGAAUAUGGAUUCUUAGUACUUGUUGAGCAAAAGCCUUUAGUGCCAUGGGCUGUGCCUGCUUAACAGUUUGCUGCUGCUCUGAGUCUCCACCCAUCUAGUGCCAACUCACCUCCCACAAUAAAGUAAUUGGACAGUG